AUGAGCUGCGCAAAAAAUUACGAGGGUCCGUCGAUCCUUUCAAAUCCAGUAGACACCAUAGCACAGGCAGGGAUUGACAUAUCACUGUACUGCAUCACACGUGGUCAACCCACACCCUCCGUGACCUGGGAGAAGGAUGAUGCUCCCUUAAAAGGCAAUCAUUUUGAUGUAUUGCAAAACGGUGGUCUUCGCCUGAAGAAAGUGGACGAAUAUCGUGAUAGUGGAAAUUACCGCUGCCGUUCGAGUAAUCCAGUUGGAGUGAUCAAAAGUCUUCCAGCCAGGCUCGACUUUCCUUUUCUAGAUAAAUUUUCCCAACCAUUUCUAAAAGUAAAGGCGAACAACGCCGAUUCUGUAAUUCUACGAUGUCAAAUUCCUAACAUGAAACCGCGGAAUUUGCGAACUGUUCGUUGGUCAAAGAAAGAUUUUCAGUAUACCGACCUACUCCUUCCUCUGGAAGAUGCACCCCACUACACUGUGGGUUACAACGGCGAUCUCUAUUUCUCUUACGUCACAACAGCCGACUCGGGAAGUUACGUGUGCGUAGUUGGGAACACAAUGCUUGGUCGCACAGAGAUAAGAACUUUAAAGCUUGCUGUUGCAGUUCCGAUAGAACAAAGAUACGAAGUAAAAGAACCAGGUAUCUUCAGUGACUUUAAAGAACCAAAAUACGCCAUUAAAGGGAAAACAUUUGUCUUGGAAUGCAUUGCACAUGGCAGACCUGUUCCUCUCGUCUCUUUGACGCGUUUGGGCCAUAAGGAAGAGCUGGGGAAAACGACGUCGAACAAGAGGCAAUAUGUCAUUUACAAUUUUGACGCAAAGAAUGCUGGGACGUAUGUUUGCAGAGCGAGAAAUAGUUACGGUGACUGGUACGAGGCAACCACUACAGUCACAAUGUUAGAGGAAACUCAAUGGAUUAAACGACUCACAGACGCUUCAGUUGACGUAAAUUCCAGCUUGACAUUGCAAUGCGAAGCUAAAGGUGUACCUCCCAUCACGUACGCAUGGUUCUACAACGGAAUAAGAAUGAUGUCAUCGGGUAACAAGAUGAAUUGCGUCAUAAAUGAGGGAUCGCUGUGGUUUCCCAGCGUGCAAGUUGGCUACAGUGGGAUGUAUCAAUGUGAGGCGUCAAACAGCGUAAAAAGGUUAAUGACGUCUAUGAGACUUUCUGUGAAAGGUAAACGUUAUGAGGGCAAAAUUUAUUUUUGGAUGAUUUCUCGUCGGCAGCAACCGAAAACAAACAUCUCCGGGAAACACAGUUUAGAACAAUAGCAAAUAAAGUUACAGCUGCUGAACGCUUUC